GAGAGUAACAGAGAGUAUGUCCAACUUGUUUGGUGUCAAAAUCGGUAUCAGACUCCUCUAGGAUUCUUCAGAUUGUAAGCAGCCAGUGAACAAGAAAUGCAGGAAUUAUCCUGUCUGGGAUAAUCCUGUCUAGUACAAGUCAGGGAGGAGGUUCCUGGCUGAUCUGAGUCCUGAUGUGGCCACACUGUGGGCACCAAGGUGCAGGUGGUGACGAGAAACUAGGCAAAAGCCUUAGGCUGUGAGAGAGGCGGAGGCAGGCAGAAUAGUGGAAGGGCUGGCAUGGAGAUUUGUGCAUGGAGAGAGAGGAGACAGUUGUGUGCCAGGCUGAAGUCUCCGGUGAGCAGAACGUUUGGAUCUACUGUCUUUCCUCUGGUAGGUGAGAGGGAGCCACAGGGAAGAGAGGAGCAGGGUGUGGGUGUUUGAAAGACUUUAAACCGGGGCCGAUAGGACGAGUGUGAAAUUUUUCAAAAACCACUGUAGCAGACACAUGAAGUGUUGAUGCAGACAGCUGCCCAGCACUGAGAAGGGGAAGUGGACACGAAGUCCUGCCCUAAACAAGAACCUCUUUGCAAUUGAUCCCUAUUUAGAAAAGGGAAAUCAGUGUCUCCCAAUGGAGUGUCACUGCGUAUAUUCAGUAACACUGCGUGGCAAGCCACAUGCCCAGGGGUAGCUGACCAACACAAAACUGACUCCAUGUUUGUUUCUGUGGUUUUUUGUUUAAAUUUUAUUUCUUGUAGCUUAUCUUUUUCAUUUUUGUUGUUUGUUUUGUUUUGUCUCAAAAGUGAGUGAGGGAGGAGAAAGAACAUGAGUACAGGGAGGGGAAAGAAUGUAAUCAAACUAUAUUAAUAAAAAUAUUAAAAAUUAAAAUAAAAAGACUAUAUUGAAGGAGGAAGACUUAGAAGCAAGGGGCACCUGAGGACGCUGAUGCAGAACUGCUGGGAGAGAUGAUGGGCUCCUGACCUGGGCUGAAAGGAAGGACAACGGUGAGGGUCAUGAGCAGUAGACUGGUCAGGAGAGGGCAUGGGGACAAGGGAAGAGAAGACUGAGGAUGUCUAAAAGUUUUUUUUUACAUUUCUACCUCCAUCAAAGCCCAUUCCUGCUUUAACCAUUGUCUUGCUGAUUAACAUGAGUGGUGCCUUAGUUCAGACUAUUUUAGGUAGAGUUAGGAAAUUUCCUUUACAUGUCUUUCCCUGAGCAUGUGUUUCUAUGUGCGUUUGUGUUUUACACAUUGUUUCAGAACUGUAGUUGACAUUUGUAUUCUGGACAAUGCGUUAAGUGUGUUCAACAUUAGGGAACACAGCCAGGCACACACUAAAGGGAUCAUUUUAAUUUACUCUCCCAUCGAUCCAGUUACUCUUGUCAACACUAGAUCUCUGUUACUGUAGCCAUGCUGGUAGGUGUGUGGGGAUGUGAGAUGGAGAAGAGGAGGGUGGGUGUUGGCACUGUGUUGUUCUCCUGCAAUUUCCAGAUGAGUAAUGGUGCUGAGGACCUGAGCCUCAUCAGUGCUCACUAGACAGCUGCCUUGUGAAAUGCCCUUUAAAUACUGUUCACUGUUCCAUUGGAGCAUCUGUUGUUAUGACAUAUCUUUCCAAUUCUUUGUAUAAAUAUUUUGAGCACUUCUUUUUUGCUUAUUCUAGAUUACCAUUAUUUUUCCUCUGUAUGAAAAGUACUUUUUUGUGCUCUUUUAGAGAAAUUUUUGCUUACCCCAAAAGGAUAAAGGUAUUUAUCUGGUUUGAUUCUAAAAAUCUGGUUGCUUUAGAUUUGCCACUUAAAGCUAUGGUACACCUGGAAUUGAUGUUUUGUGUGUGCAGGGAGGUAGGAGUGAAAAAGGAAGACUAUUCCUUCGUCCAUAUUCACACAUUCACCAGCGUUCCCUCGGAAGGCAAUGUCUCCAGCGCACUGCACGCGUGGACUUCUGUCCUUUUUCAUUUGACUGGAUGUGUGUGGGCCUGCACUUGGUUUGGUUUGUCUUCUUCAUCUGUUUGUUUACUCUCUCUUACUCUCUUUCUGCCUGUCUGUGCUGUACUGUGAGUGUGUUCAGAGACUGAUAUGGGAUCCUUUCUCAAUUGCUCUCACCUUACUGGGGCGCAGGGUCUCUCAGUUGACGCCAGUGCUAAUCAUUUCAGUUGGUGUAGCUAGAAGCCUUCUUACUGUGGGGAUCUGGAAUGGGAGUGUGAGAUUGCACGUGAUGUGUCAUGUGUUAGAUGGUGUUUCCAAGAGUUAUAUGAGAUGCUUUAGAUACUCAUAGUCCUGAGACAUGAGUGUCAUCAACCCCAUUUGACAGAUGAAGAGACUGAGGCAUUGGGAGGUUCAGCAACUUGAGAAGUGUGCACAGAAACUGAACAGUGUGCUCAGAACCCAGACCCCAGCCUUUCUUUUUAAAAUUAUAAUGUAUUUUUGUGUUUAUAUUUUUAUAAACCUGAAAAUGUAUAUAGGUUUUUGCCUACAUGUCUAUCUAUGCACUAUGUGUGUGUCUUGCCUGUGGAGGCCAGAAGUGGUAGUCAGAUCUUGAACUGGAGUCACAGACAGCUCUGAGCUAUCUGAUCCCCUGGAAUAGCAGUCAGUGCUCUUAACCUUUGAGGUGUCUCACCAGGCUCCAUCUCCCCUUUCUGUCUCAAUAGCUACCAUGUGUCAGAUGACACAUAGAUGAAUGUGAUUCUGUUACAGCCCCCACCAUGUGGAUGAUUCCAGGGCAGAAUCAAAGCUGGGUUUCCGAGUUUAUCCUGCUUGGCUUCUCCAGUGACCCCACGACCAACAGCAUCCUCUUCAUUGUGUUCCUUCUCAUCUACCUAUGCUCAGUCCUGGGCAAUGGGCUCAUCAUCAUGCUGAUCUGUCUGGACUCACAGCUGCACACUCCCAUGUACUUCUUCCUCUGUAUACUUGCCCUGUUGGAUAUGUGCUAUGUCACCACCACCAUGCCCCAGAUGUUGGUGCAUCUUCUUGCUCACUCUCAGACCAUCUCCUUUGCUGGCUGCUGGCUGCAGAUGUUUGUGUUUGGUGCCCUGGCUAUGACUGAGUGCACCUUCUUUGUUGUUAUGGCUUAUGACAGAUAUGUGGCCAUUUGCUACCCACUGCGUUAUACUGUCAUCCUCAACUGGGGACUGUGCAUAGGGUUGGCUGCUGGGACAUGGAUCUGCGGUUUCUUCUUUUCUGUGCUGCAUACUUUCUUCACCAUGAGUCUGCCAUAUUGUGGGCCCAACAAGGUCAACCACUACUUCUGUGAAGGUCCUUCAGUGCGCAGCCUGGCUUGUAUGGAUACCCACAUCAUUGAGAUGGUGGAUCUGGUCUUGAGUGUUUUUGUGGUUGUUACUCCCAUUUCCCUCAUUGUGGCCUCCUACGUUCAUAUUGCCAUGGCAAUUAUGAAGAUCAAGUCCACCCAGGGCCGUUGCAAGGCUUUCUCUACCUGUGCCUCCCACCUGACUGUGGUCACACUCUUCUAUGGUCCAUGCACUUACAUCUACAUGAGACCCAACUCCAGCUAUUCCCCUGAGCGAGACAAGCAGAUCUCACUCUUUUACAAUGUGUUUACAGCCUUGCUCAAUCCUGUGGUCUACAGUCUUCGGAACAAAGACAUCAAGAGGGCAUUUCUCAAGGUGAUGGGGCAUGGUAGGGUGGACUAGAGAACCAGAAUCUAGGAGAAGCUCGAUUGAAGUAUUGAGUAUUGAAGGAAGGCAGAAUGUCAUUAUUGAAUGCAACUGACCUUUGCAAAUGAACUAGUGUUGUACUUGGAACAAGCCACAGUGAAACCAAGGUACACUAAGGUACAAGUCCAAACACUUCAGUAAUCUUACUGCAAAGAUUCAUCUGUUGCUCAUUUUGUAGCUGUAGGUUGGAUGACCUUCUGUUCUCUCACGUCUGUUCUGAAGGAGGAGCCUUAUAGCCAACAUGUCAUCUCUGGGGGACCAGCCUCCACACUUAUUUACUCCAGGAACUCUUGAGGACUGAGGGAUAAGAGACUUAGUUAGAAUAGAGAGUGGAGCCAGGCGGUCCUGGCACACGUCUUUAAUCCCAGCACUCAGGAGGCAGAGUCAGGCAGAUCUCCGUGAGUUUGAGGCCAGCCUGGGCUAACA